AUGUCUGCUCACUCCGUCACCCCUGCCUCGACGCCUUCGCUCGUCAACUGCCACCUCGCCUCCCUGCUCGCGGUCCUUGAGGCUCUGCCGACUGCCGACGCCGCGCUCGACGUGGUCGAAGAGUGGGCGCAAGACUUGUCGCCACUCGUCCUCGCCUAUCGCAAGGCCCUGGGCGCCAUCCGCGACGAGGAGACGGAGUUGUGCGUCGCCGCCGCCGUCAAACAGCUCGCUGAGUGGGCGCCGGAGUCGUGGGUCGAGUGGGCGCGCGGGGACUGGCCCGAGCUCGCGACCGCCAUCGAUGCCAAGGUCGAACGACGCCUCGAAGAGCAGAAGCGCCUCGCCGAAGAGGAAGCACGACGCGUUGAAGAGGCCGCGAAGCGUGCGAAGGCUGCCGAGGAAUGUCGCCUCGAAGACGAACGGCGUCGAAAGGACGAAGAGGACCGUCGGAAGCAGGCCGAAGACGAGUGUUGCGCACAAGAGGCUGCCGACGAAGAGUUGGCGAGGAUCGCGGCUGCCGAAGGACUCCUUCCCGACCCUGCGCCUGCCGGUGUCGACAAGGGUAAAGGGCGCGCGAGAGUCGAUGACGAGGUCACCGAGUUGUCGGACGACCCCUCGGUCAAGACUCCUCAGACGCUCGAGCGUCCUUUCGCAAUGACGGAGGUCGAUAUGGCCGCCGUUGCGCUUGAGAAGCGCCUGUCGGGACAGAAGUGCGAUUGUUGCGCCGGCUACCGUUCGGCCCCUGUCGAGUGCGUGUGGGUCGAAAACGCCACCACCUGUGAGAGGUGCGCGCAGUUCCAGCAGGGGUGCUACUUCGACAAAGUGUCUGUGCUUGGGAAGACCAAGAAAACGCGCGGUGGGGGAUCUACCACAAAGAAUUCGGCCGACUUCCCCUGGGCCUUUGGUCGCGGAUUCGACCGCCUUGGGCUCGAGCAGGACGACCUCGAUGCGCUCGACCUCGACGACGAGUCUCGGGGGAUCAUCCGCGUCAUCCGCGAGGAGCGCGCUCACAUCGCUCGCCGUCGAGCGCUCCUCCAUGACAUGGACCUCGACCUCCAGAAGAUGGAGAAGGCCGCGCUUGCAAAGGGAGGAAUCGGGUUUGUGCGCGGGGCUGUCGACGAUGACUAG